AUGGCUGCCGAUACUCUGCGAGUUUUAAGGAAAAGACCAUUAGAAGAAUAUGAUGAUGAUUAUAAACCUCUGUCUAAACGAAUGCACAGCAUGUAUUUGAAAGAUGGUCCACUUUCCGGCGAAAACCAUUCAGGAGUUACAAACGCCUACGGUAACGCUUCCACAUCAGCACAAUAUAGCCAGCAAACGGCUACUGAUUAUAGUCAUCCAGAUGUAAAUAGUCAACAAAACAUUAGAGUUGAAGACCCACAAAAUUUACAUUAUGAUCCAGAUCUGACUUCCGAUCAAAAUCCGUUUUACUAUGAGAGCAACAGAUUAUUAUUUGACCUUCAUGUAGAAAGGGUUCAUCGUCAUGGUCAAUAA